ACAUCUCCUUCCUGCUAUUACAUGGACACCAGCCAACGACACCAUUGUUAGUCCAACCAUUUUCUCUCUAUAACCAAACAAUGGAGUCUCGAGUGCUGUCAUCCGGGGCCACCACCAUCUCCGGCAUUCCUAGGCUGACGAAACCGGUGGCCAGCGCCAGACUAAAUGCCGUCGCCGUUUCAUUUCCGGCGAGGCUUAACAAUGACGGAGGGAAUCUCGUUUGGGGAAGGCAGCUCCGCCCGAGCUUACUAAACCUCGAUUACAUCUCCUCAACGACGGUAAAGCGUGAUGUUCUCAAACCCUGUCUCGCCACUGCUAGUGAUUCCGCCGGGGAUGCUGCUCCCGUCGGCUUCUUGGCAAAGUAUCCGUUUCUGAUUACCGGAUUUUUCUUCUUCAUGUGGUACUUUCUCAAUGUCAUCUUCAACAUACUCAACAAGAAAAUCUACAAUUACUUCCCUUAUCCCUAUUUUGUCUCUGUCAUACAUUUGGCUGUUGGAGUUGUUUAUUGUCUUGGUAGCUGGACUGUUGGCCUUCCAAAACGCGCUCCAAUGGACUCGAACCUUCUGAAGCUUCUUAUUCCUGUGGCUGUAUGUCAUGCACUUGGCCAUGUGACCAGCAAUGUGUCGUUUGCAGCUGUUGCUGUCUCAUUCACCCACACAAUCAAAGCCCUUGAGCCGUUCUUCAAUGCUGCUGCUUCUCAAUUCAUUCUUGGACAGUCAAUACCCAUAACUUUAUGGCUGUCCCUGGCUCCAGUUGUACUUGGUGUAUCAAUGGCCUCAUUGACUGAGCUGUCAUUCAACUGGCUAGGCUUUAUCAGUGCGAUGAUUUCCAAUAUCUCCUUCACUUACAGGAGUAUUUACUCGAAGAAAGCCAUGACUGAUAUGGACAGUACCAACUUGUAUGCCUACAUUUCCAUCAUUGCACUCUUCGUUUGCAUUCCACCUGCUAUAAUUUUGGAGGGACCUCAACUUCUAAAGCAUGGGUUUAGUGAUGCAAUUGCUAAAGUGGGCAUGACUAAGUUCGUGUCAGAUCUCUUUUGGGUGGGAAUGUUUUAUCACCUCUACAAUCAGCUUGCAACCAACACACUUGAAAGGGUAGCACCUCUUACUCAUGCAGUUGGCAAUGUGUUAAAACGGGUGUUUGUGAUUGGUUUCUCGAUCAUUAUCUUCGGUAACAAGAUCUCAACACAAACAGCCAUCGGUACAUCCAUUGCCAUUGCUGGUGUUGCAAUCUACUCGCUCAUCAAGGCCAAGAUAGAAGAAGAGAAACGGAAUCAGAAAGCAGCAUGAGGACAGAAGUGGCAAAAGGCUUGGCACGAGAGGAGGGACGAACGCAAUUCAAUUACUAAUAUAAUACUAUUGUUUCAACACGUAGCAAAUUUGCUACAAUUUGUGAAGUUGUUCUUCUUUUGUUUUUUUCUUUUUUGCGUCUACGAGAAUAAACAGGUUCGACUCUCAUGUAGACUCCAAUAAUGUAUCAUUCUAUUUCUUUACUAGUACCAAUAUAUGAGUUCUAACUCUCCAGAGUUUAGAGGAGUUGAUCUUGUCCCA